CCGAGGUCGGAGGCUGGGUUGUGGGUGGGUGUCGGCGUCGUUUCGGAUUCCGGCCUGGGUUUCUAGGGAGGGCCGUCGGCCGGGGUGCGCGGGGUUCCGGCCCGGACUGCAGGGGUCGCUGGGCUGCAGGCUGCGAAGCCGGUCGGUUUUUAAAAGGAGCGCCUCCCGCCCGUGGCAUCCGUGGAUGUGCUCGGCUGUGAGCCCCGGCCUGGUCCCGUGGACAGGCUGGGACCCUAUGGCCGCACCCGGGGAGCCGAUUGCAACUUGAUGCUGAGUGGCACUACAGGAUGAAGAGGGAGGUAGCUUCCUUCUGAAGAUAAAUGUGAGAGCUGUGACCCAGAGCUGCAGUGUUCUGCAGGAAAUGGCCAAGUCUGCAGAUCCUGCUUCCCCACAGUGAGCCUGCUCUUGCAAGAUAAGAAAGGAGUUCCUGGAGCCAGGAAUCCAUCCUCAGUGGGAAAGACCUAGACAGGACCCCACACCAGAGCUCCGCGGCGCAAGCAGAGGAAACUCAAAGGUCUCAGGCUUGCUAUCAUUUUACUCAGAGAACAGAAAAUGACCAUGUUGCAGGAGCCGUUCUCAUUUGAAGAUUUGUCUGUGGACUUCACCCAGAAGGAAUGGCAACUGCUGGACCCCUCUCAGAAGGACUUAUACAAGGAUGUCAUGCUGGAGAACUAUAGCAGCCUGGUGGCACUGGGUAAGAAAAGCUUCCCAGAGGACCUCACUGUGCCCAAUACCUUGUUGUUAUUUUUUUGUUUGUUUUUUAGUUGCUGAGAGCUUGUGGGGCUCUGAAGUUGGUAAUGAGUUUGGGCCUAAAGAUAGGAGAUCAAAGAUUCUUAAAACUGUGACGGGAGGUGAAGUAGCUGGAUCUCACCUUCCCUUAAUGAAGUUGUAGUGUCCUUAUGCAGCCUCUGAAACUCAGUGGUAGUCCCGGUGGUGGAAACACCCUGUGCGGACAGACACCUUCCUGUGCUCCCUGUGCUGUUCCCGUCCUGACUUGGUUAGUUGUUAGGGCAACCCUUUGUAAAAGGGUAUGAAUUUAUGAAACCUGAUGUCAUCUUCAAGUUGGAACAAGGAGAAGAGCCUUGGAUAGGAGAUGGAGAGGUUCCAAGUUCAGAGUCUCCAGAACAAGUCUUACAAGUAAAUAGUCAUAUGAUGUGGCACCAGGAUAACCAAGAGAAGCUUAAAAAUGUGAAACAAGAUUAUGAAUGUGAUACAUUUGGAAAAAAUUUCAAUAUGAACAUAAACCUUGUUCCUUUAAGGAAGUCAAAUGGUGAAGGUGAUGUAGAUGGAUUAAUUUUAAAACACAAUUUAGACCUACUUCUUCCAAAAGUUGAUUAUAGAAAAACAGAACCAGGUGACUUAAAUGUAUUUGAUAAAUUGUUUCUCCAUGGCAAGACUGAAGAAAAUGAUACUUGGUUAAAAUACUAUGAGUGUGAUAAAUACGACAAAAUUAUCUAUAAGAAGUCACAGAUUAUUAUAUACCACAGAAAUCGUUUAGGGGAGAAGCUUUAUGAAUGCAGUGAAUGCAGGAAACGCUUCAGUAAGAGAUCAAGUCUCAUUAAACACCAGAGCAGACAUGUACGAGAGUUAGCCUACGGCUGUGGUAAAUGUGGCAAAACCUUUCCCCAGAAGUCACAGUUUGUCACACACCACAGAACUCAUACAGGAGAGAAACCUUAUAAUUGUAGCCAGUGUGGGAAAGCCUUCUCUCAGAAGUCACAGCUCACAUCCCAUCAGAGGACACACACUGGAGAGAAACCAUAUGAAUGUGGUGAAUGUGGGAAAGCCUUCUCCCGGAAGUCACAUCUUAUAUCACACUGGAGGACACAUACAGGGGAAAAACCCUACGUAUGCAGCGAAUGUGGGAGAGCCUUUAGCGAAAAGUCAAAUCUCAUUAAUCAUCAGAGAAUCCAUACAGGAGAGAAACCCUUUGAGUGCAGAGAAUGCAGGAAGGCUUUUAGCAGGAAGUCACAGCUUGUUACACAUCACAGGACUCACACAGGAACCAAACCUUACGGAUGUAGUGAUUGUAGAAAAGCCUUCUUUGAGAAAUCAGAGCUCAUUAGACACCAGACAAUUCACACUGGAGAGAAGCCUUAUGAAUGUGGCGAAUGCCAGAAAGCCUUUAGAGAGAGGUCAAGUCUCAUCAAUCAUCAGAGAACUCACACAGGAGAGAAACCUCAUGGAUGCAUUCAGUGUGGGAAAGCCUUCUCCCAGAAGUCACAUCUGAUAUCACAUCAGAUGACACACACCGGUGAGAAACCCUUUGUAUGUAGCAAGUGUGGGCGGGCCUUCAGCAGGAAGUCUCAGCUUGUUAGACAUCAGAGAACUCACACAGGAGAGAAACCCUAUGGCUGCAGUGAGUGUGGGAAAGCUUUCAGUGAGAAAUUAAGCCUCACUAAUCAUCAGAGAAUUCACACAGGAGAAAAGCCCUAUGUGUGCACUGAAUGUGGGAAAGCCUUUUGUCAGAAGUCACAUCUCAUAUCACAUCAGCGGACACACACAGGAGAGAAACCCUAUGAAUGCACCGAAUGUGGGAAAGCCUUUGGAGAGAAGUCAAGUCUUGCAACUCACCAGAGAACUCAUACGGGAGAAAAACCCUAUGAAUGCCGGGACUGUGAAAAAGCCUUUUCCCAGAAAUCCCAGCUCAAUACUCACCAGAGAAUCCACACAGGAGAGAAACCUUAUGAAUGCAGUCUUUGUAGGAAAGCUUUCUUUGAGAAAUCAGAGCUAAUUAGACAUCACCGAACUCAUACAGGAGAAAAACCUUAUGAAUGUGGUGAAUGUAGAAAAGCCUUCAGGGAGAAAUCAAGUCUCAUCAAUCAUCAGAGAAUACAUACAGGAGAGAAACCCUUUCAGUGCAGUGAAUGUGGCAAAGCCUUCUCCCGGAAAUCACACCUGAUACCACAUCAGAGGACACAUACAGGAGAGAGGCCCUAUGGAUGCAGUGAGUGUAUGAAGGCGUUCUCCCAGAAGUCACAGCUUGUUAAUCAUCAGAGAAUUCAUACCGGAGAGAAACCUUAUCAAUGUAAUGAAUGUGGGAAAGCCUUCUCCCAAAAGUCACAGCUCAUUAAUCAUCAGAGAACUCAUACAGUAAAGAAAUGAUAGACAUUGACUUAAUAUUAGUCUUUGAAAGAGACCUUAACUCAUUGUACUUCAAAAAGUGCAGUUGGUAAGUCAGAUAAUAGAUCACAGUAUAUGUCAGUGUUGUCUUGGGUAGGAACUCUAAAUGAGGUUAUGUAGGGAAAGCUUUCAUCAGAUUGACAUGUUUAUAUAUCAGAAUUCAUAGAGUGGAAUGAGCCUAUGAAAUGCAGUUUAUGUCCAAAAGCUUUCAAACUAUAAUUACACCUUAUGCAGUAGAAAAUUCACAGCAAAGAGGAAUACCGAGAAUAUUAGAAAGCCUUCCAGUGUGCAGAUCUCAUUGGCUGUUAGAAAUACUCCUACUAGGGGUAAAUCCUAGUCCAGUGAGUGAAGGAACCCCCUUCGAUGUGGCAUUUGAGGUAAUAUUUUUAUCAAGAAAUGACAGCUCUUUGUACAUUAAAAAAAUGUCCCCAAGAAUGAAAUUUUAUCAAGACACUAAAUAUGGGACAGUGUCUAGCAAGUAAUCCAAUGGUAUUUUGGACAAUUCACGUUGUGGGUAAACCUAACAAUUUAAAGACAUUGGAAAUAUGUGUCCUAGAAAUAAUGCUAUAAAGGGAAGCCAUGUAAUUUUUGUACACAAUUCUGCUCCAUUCUAAAUGGUUCACAGAUCUUCACUCUGAAGUAAGGAAUUUUAAAUAUAUGUGAUUAAACUGAAUCAUUGAAAAAUCUAAAUAAGGAAUUUCUUAUUGGUGUUUGUGGCUUACUUUCCUUUGUCACAUAAUGUGUGUUGUAUUGUGAAAAAGCACAUGGUAAUGUAGUUGGGAGCAUCAGGUGGACGUGUGUAGUGCCUCUGAUGUCUGUUGAGACACAUCACACACAACUUGUUUCCUAUCAUACUGAUAAUAUAAAAAUGGUAAGUAAUGUAGCAUGUCUUACUGUUAAAUAAGAGCUUCAAUGGGAACACCACAUCUCAAUUCCCUAUGAUCUGGCAUAUAAAAGGGGUGUAUUGUUGUUACUUAAUUUUAUUGGCAAAAUACUUAAUUUUGUCUUCAGUAACAGAAGCCAACAUUUUAUAUAAAGCCUUAGAAUCUGAGACAGUUUAUAUAAAACCUGGUUAAUGAGUAUUAAAAGGCAGGAACCACAGAAUUGCAGUAGUACUCAUGACUGAGCAAAAGGAAGGAAGUGUGUGACUACAUUACUCAGCAUUCAAACAAAAUGACAAGCUGUGCAAAACCUUUUUCUCAUUUACUAGACGACUCCAUGUAUAACAUAUAUGUAAAGUUCUUUUGUAACCCAAGUACAACUUGCAUUUUUAUUUACUAUGAUGAAAUGUCAUGGAUUCUGUGUGCUGCCGUUUUUGGUAUUAUAUAAAAUAUCUUUAAAAUAUUAGUGAA